CCUCGCUACUGUCAUACUGGUAUAAAUCCACCUCUGUAUAUUUAGUCAGUCCUUUUCUCCACGCAAAGCAGCCGUGUCUUCGAGUCCAGGCUACAAAGUAGCUUCGACUUCUGUUCUUCAGUCAUGGCUGACCAGGCUUUUGUGACGUUGGCUACCAAUGACAACUAUGCUAAAGGAGCCAUGGUUUUGGGCAAGUCCCUGCGCAACCACAACACAUCCAAGAAGCUGGUUGCCCUCAUCGGCCCGCAAGUGUCAGAGCCUUGCCAGUCUGUGCUGAAGAGGAUCUUUGAUGAGGUGAGAGUGGUGGACGUGUUGGACAGUGGCGACACGGCACACCUGGCUAUGAUGAAGAGGCCCGACCUUGGUGUCACCUACACCAAACUCCACUGCUGGACCCUCACACAUUACUCCAAGUGUGUUUUCAUGGACGCAGACACACUGGUGCUUUCAAAUAUAGAUGAGCUGUUUGACAGAGAAGAGUUGUCAGCUGCUCCCGACCCUGGCUGGCCCGACUGCUUCAACUCUGGUGUGUUUGUUUUUCGUCCCUCUGUGGAGACUUAUGGCAAACUGCUUCAGUACUGUACAGAACACGGCAGCUUUGACGGAGGAGACCAAGGUGUUUUGAAUGGCUUCUUCGGGGACUGGGCAACAGCUGACAUAUCAAAACACCUCCCUUUCAUCUACAACCUCAGCAGCAUAGCCAUCUACACGUACCUUCCAGCAUUCAAGCAAUAUGGUGGCAAUGCCAAGGUGGUCCAUUUCCUAGGGAAGACCAAGCCAUGGAGUUGCACAUUUGACGCCAAAUCCAAACAGGUUGUAGGGAGUGUGCAUGAGGCCACCACACACCCCAGCUUCCUUCUGGAUUGGUGGAUUCUGUACUCGGGCACCGUGGUGCCCAUGCUGCAGGAGCAAUAUGGAAACAAACCUUUCCACUCUGGAGUUGUUGAGCAUGAGGAGAGCAACUCUUCACACACACAUGCAGUCCAAUCCCAGCAGUUCCAGAUCUCCUCAGAAGAAAGGAAGCAGAAAUGGGAGCAAGGUCAGGCAGACUACAUGGGAAUGGACUCAUUUGACAAUAUCAAGCGAAAGCUUGACAAUUUCCUCAAAUGAAUAAGGAAUGUGGCAGGAUAUCAGAAGAGCAUUUGCAGUUCAACAAACAGUCACCACAGGUCUUUCGAGAAAAUACUGUAAAACAGGUUGCAUUUUUUCCUUCCUAUAAAUUUUUCUGAACCAGAAAUGAGUUGAAUCUCUCCCUUCACCAGCACUACCCCCUCCACACUCCAAAGAUGGCAAUGUUAUAAUGUGAGGUGAAAGGUUAAAUACUAUAUAUUAUCUAUGCAAGUCUGUCAUUACUACACUGUGAGGAAGGUCAAGCAAGAUUUUAAAACAUAAAUUCAUUUGCAUUAAACACUUUGUUAUUGUUCAUGUUCAUAAUGCUCUUUUUGGAAAGAUGAGAUGGCAACAAGAGUUGAACUGGGUCUUUAUAUCUGUGUGACUAAGGUUUGCACAGUUCUUACAUGUACAUUCUUCAUUUUUCCUUUAAUUUUUUUUUUUUACUAUGCAGUCAUCUAGUAUUCUUCUGAGCUUUAAUGUUUUCAUUUCUCAGAAGUUAAUAUCUCUUACUUUUGAAUUGAAACAGCCUCUACUACAUAGAUGGAAAAACAUGUUUACAGCACUUCUGAAGGCCACCUAGUAUGGUCAUGGAGCCAUAUGUAUACUGAACACUAAACCCUAUGUGCCUUUAGUGUCACUACUGCUCUCUCUACUGCUGUCAUCCUAUCUGUUCUUGACUAGCGCCUUUUCUGUAGAUUAGGUUUUUACUUUGCUGGCGUUUUACUUGACCAGGAUGUUGGCUGUACAACAAAAAACUUGCAUCUGGAAACAUUAAAAAUACUGAAUUGG